UUGGAAGGAUGGUCUUGCCUUCAACGCCUUGAUCCACAGACACAGACCUGAACUUAUUGAAUAUGACAAACUCAGAAAGGAUGACCCCGUGACGAAUCUAAACAAUGCCUUUGAAGUGGCAGAGAAAUACCUGGACAUCCCAAAAAUGCUGGAUGCAGAGGAUAUUGUUGGCACUCUCAGACCCGAUGAGAAAGCCAUCAUGACAUAUGUUUCCUGCUUCUACCACGCUUUCUCGGGUGCUCAGAAGGCUGAGACAGCGGCCAACCGCAUCUGCAAAGUGUUGGCCGUCAACCAGGAGAACGAGCACCUGAUGGAAGACUACGAGAAGCUCGCUUCUGAUCUUCUGGAGUGGAUCAAACGUACCAUCCCAUGGCUGGAGGACCGCAGCCCGCAGAAGACCAUACAGGAGAUGCAACAAAAGCUUGAAGAUUUCCGUGACUACCGACGUGUCCACAAACCUCCUAAAGUUCAGGAGAAAUGCCAGUUGGAGAUCAACUUCAACACCCUACAGACAAAACUCCGGCUGAGCAACCGACCUGCUUUCAUGCCCUCUGAGGGGAAGAUGGUCUCG